AUGUCAUUGAGCAAGAAAAUUGUCAUCCUUUAUGGAUCAGAAACAGGUAACGCACAUGAUUUUGCUACAAUAUUAUCUCAUCGCCUGCAUCGUUUACAUUUCCCCCAUACAUUCUGCUCCAUCGGCGAUUAUAACCCACAGGACAUCUUGAAAUGCAAGUAUCUUUUUAUCAUAUGUUCAACGACAGGUCAGGGGGAACUACCAAGAAAUGCCAAUGUAUCGUCAAAACGUGGAAGACCACUCACGCUUUGGUCAUUUUUGAAAAAGAAGAACCUACCUUCAAACCUGUUAAACCAUAUUCAAACUGCCAUGCUUGGACUUGGUGAUUCAUCUUAUCCUAAGUUCAACUACGGCAUCAGAAAGCUACAUCAACGGCUUGUAAUACAACUGGGUGCGAAUGAAAUAUUCGAUAGAUUAGAGGCCGACGACCAGGCUAUGGCCGGUAGUAAUAAAGGAACUGGUCUCGGAGUUGAAUCGGUUUAUUUCGAAUACGAAAAGAAAGCUCUAAAUUUCCUAUUGAAAAAGUUUCCCAACAGAAGGUUUGGUGACGAGAUUAUUAAACGAGAGGAAUUGGACCCAGAGAUUUAUUUAGAACCAAUGUCUUACCUCCAAGUUGCAAACAAAGAUUUUAACGAAGAUGUCAGCAAAACCAAAAUCGAAUUUCGAGGCGAUGAAUCAAUGAAAAGUGGCAGAGUCAGUGCUAACAAAAGAAUCACUUCUGAAGAUCAUUUCCAAGACAUAAGACUAUUCCAAUUCAGUAAUUUUGACAAAAUCCUAGAAGAGACUUAUGAACCAGGCGAUACAGCGGCUAUUUAUCCUUGUAAUACCGAUGAAGACGUGUCAAGAUUCUUAGCAAAUCAAAGCCACUGGUUAGAAGUUGCGGACAAGCCAUUGAUUUUUACUAAAGGAGUUCCGGAUGAUCUCAAGGAUGGUGGAUUAGUCAAGCCACUAACUUUAAGGAACUUAGUGAAAUAUCACUGUGAUUUUAUGAGCAUUCCUAGGUCAAGUUUUUUCUUGAAGACUUGGACCUUUGCAAUGGAUGUAACUAAAAUGGAACGUGGUCAGGAACAACUGGAUGAUCAAAGAGAAAAGUUACGCCAGUUCGCCACCGAUCAAGAUAUGCAAGACUUAUACGACUAUUGUAAUAGACCUAGAAGAUCGAUUUUAGAAGUAUUGGAAGAUUUUCUCUCUGUAAAGCUGCCCUGGAAAUACGUGCUGGAUUACAUGCCUAUCAUCAAACCAAGAUAUUACUCCAUAUCUAGUGGACCUGAAGAUCCUAACAUCGAACUAACAGUUGCGGUAGUAAAAUACAAAACCAUCUUGAGGAAAAUUAGAAGAGGGAUAUGUACUAAUUACAUCGCACGUUUGCAAGAGGGGGAAAAGGUGAGAUACAAAUUACAGAAUAAUCACAUAGUCAAGAAAGAAUUUUUGAAUAAACCAAUUAUCCUUGUCGGACCAGGUGUUGGCUUAGCACCAUUAUUAUCAGUGAUCAGGGCAGGGAUAUCCGAAGAUAUGAGGCUCUUCUUCGGUUGUAGGUUUAAAGAUAAGGAUUAUAUUUAUAAAGAUAUACUAGAGGAUUGGUCCAGUAAAGGUAGAAUUGCCUUAUAUACAUCCUUUUCCAGGGAUAGUGAAAAUUCACCAGGGGUUAGAUACGUUCAGGACUACCUGUGGAAACUGGGCAAAGAAAUCACUGAUUUGGUGAUCAAUAGAGACGCCGUUUUUUUCUUAUGUGGUUCAUCAGGUAAGAUGCCUAUCCAAAUCAGAUUGACAUUUAUUGAAAUGCUGAAAAAAUGGGGUGGAUUUAGAGAUGAAGAUGCUGCCAAAAAGUACCUGAAAGAAAUGGAAAAAUUUGAUAGAUAUAUUCAAGAAACUUGGUGA